AUGGCAGCUACCUUAGAUGCCAUCACAGGAACCGUGGACGAGACAGCGGGUCUGGUCCGAGGAGUUGGUGACACCACUGCCGCCACCCUCGGGGCGACUCUGCGUCUUACUGGUGGUCUCACGCGCGGCCUGGGGCAGGCUGUUCAGACGUUUGGAGAGACGCAAGUGAUCAAGCAUGGCCCCCUCGCCGCGCCGUCACGAGUUUUCGCUGGCGUCUACAGAAUAGCAGGAGCGGUGCUCACUGGAGCUGGCAACGCAACCAUCGGCCUCGGUGGCACUGUCGAGGGCAUCACAGCUGAGGCCGCAAAGGUUGCUGAGGACAGCGUGAAGGUCCUCAGUGAGCCGACGCGAAGCCUGGGAGCUGCUUUGCGGGGUCAAAGCCGGCAGCCUUUGCCCAAGCUGGACACGGAGGAUAAGGUGAACUCCCCUUCGGCCAGCAGCUACCUCGUCACGCGGCCUAGGCAACGUCGAGUUGCGGAGCAGUUUGCCCGACGACUGCUGCGCGAUGCCUUUGGAAGUCCAAGUGAGAGGACGGUUGCUCUGGCUCCGCCAUUGACUCUGGCUCUGAUGGUUGCGUGGAUACUUGGCCGCUCAAGUCGAGCUCCAAAUGGUGUCAGGUCAGGGUCCUCAUAUGCAGAGCAUCUCCAUUUGGAGCAGCUGAUACCGGAGAAUGGCGAUGCCAGCCGACAAGUGAGCGAAGAAUCGCAGGUGAGAUCUCGGAGUGCCAAGCUGCGCAGGCUGCUCCGACGUGUGAGAUGUCGCCGAUGUCGCCCGGGUGUGUGGCUGCAUUGCGCUGGCCUUGCGAUGAUUCUGACCGUCGUGCUGAGCUUGGAUCAGGAACAGCAGCGACGAGCGCGGAUUGUGGAGCAAGGUCUAGGGGUCUACAGUGCUGUCAGCGACGAAGAGGAGAGCAUACACUGGCUGAACAUGGUCGUUGGAGCUGUGUGGACACCAGUGCAAAAGGCGGUUAGUGGAUUGGGCGCUGAGCUGGCAGCAAUGUUCACAUUCCAGAUGACUCCUGGGGAAGGAGAUGCGCUUAGCAUUGCCUUUGAAAAUGUCACCUUCGGCCUGAAUCCUCCUGUGCUGGACGCCGUCCGCAUGCCCAGGGAAAGCGCGGAGCAGGCGCUUGGCAAGGCGAUGACCGCGGCCCGCGACGGGCGCCCGAAGGGAAGUCUCAGGCCGCAAGUGGUGAUGAUGGAGGCGGAUCUUCUUUGGGUUGCGGAUCAGGAGUUUGAGGUGUUGGUGAAAGCCAGUGCAAGAUCUGGCGUUGGCUCGCUCCCACUUUUCCCUCAGCUACGGGUGCGCCUUGGGGAUUUUGUCUUCGGGCCGGUGCCUAUCGCCGUUGCAAUGGAGGCAGCCCCACAGGGAUACCCGUAUGUGGGUCUGGUGGCUUUGACUUUCGUUUCCGAGCCGACCGUGGCCUUCUCCAUCAUGCCCGAGAACAUUCUGGGCGGCGCCGUGUCUGCUUUGCCUUUGCUGCGAGAAGCGCUGACCGCAGGGUUGAUCUCCUCUUUGCCGCUCCUUACGGAUGACCAGGUCUUGGUAUACGAUCUCGGCGAGUACCUGGCCCCUGGACUCUUCCCACGGCCAGAACUCGCUGAGCACACAGAUGUGGAGAAGCCCGGCAAUCAGCAUACGCAACGCGAAGCGGCCUGUUUCAGUGGCUGUUCAAGCCCCGGCUGCGGAGUUGGCGCCAAAGGCACGGAGUUCGUGCUUCGGCACGGCCACGAAUCCGUGGUGGAAGAGCCGCCCAGACCUGACCGCUUGAGCCAGCCUACCCGCUGUUGCGAGAAAAGCGGCCGAAGGAGAAAGGGCGCCGACGGCGUCGGAAGCACAACCAUGCAGAUGCAGGUGUUCAGUGGGGCAGCACAGGGCACAAUGAGGCAAGCGGAAGAGAACGGCAUCUCCAAAGAAGCGAGGUCCGAUGUCCUGCCGACGAAUGGCGAGGAGGGUCCAGGUCCGGGCCCUGCAGGCCACAGUCGCCGUCGGCGGCGAAGGAGGGAAUCCGAUGCUCCGAGCCCCGGCCCAGGCAACCCCCCAGGUGAUUACGCACCUGUGCACGAGGAGCCGAGGUUGGAUGCUCGUGCUGACGGAGGAAGGCAGCGGCGCCCAGCACGGCUUCCGGAGCCGACUCCUGAGCAAGCAGAAGCUGUGGAAGCUCGAAGGCCAGAUCGGGGGAUGAAGCCGGAGUUGCAGCGAGAUCGAGGUGCAAUACGCAGGAUUCCUCCUGGAGCCACAGCCAAGGCGUUGCCAGCCAGGCCAAGAGAUGUUCGAGAUCACGAUCGUGGGGAGCGCAAUCGAACAGAUGGGGGACACCGUGAAGAACUGCUUGGUGCUUGUGAUUUACUUGGCGCUGCACAAGAUGCCAUGGAGACUGUUGAGUGGCAGAGGUUGGUCAUGGAACAGGAGGAGGCCAUGGCACAACAGCAAGAUUCGGAACAGCCGCCGCGCCCAAGACGAAGGUCUCUGACGCCCCUGGCUCGAAGGCGCGUGCCGCGAGAUGGGCGGGAGCUCGGACGAGAAGGAAGGCCUUGGUCCCCGAGAUCCGAGAGAGAUCGAUCAGCUGGCCGGGGACUGAGAUCCGAAGGAGGAGUGUGA